UCUCAAACUUCAAUCCAAAAUUACCCAAAGAAAUAAGAAACCCUUCUUUUCAAUUUAUACCGAAAUUAGAAAAGCCCUUUUUCGUUGUUAUUAUUAUUCCUCUUUUAUCCCAAAUUUAUUUUCCAAAUUUUGCUUUACGGCUUUAGAUCUUAGAGCAAGAACGGGGUUCUUUUUUGUUCCAAGAUUUCUUGGUGUAAAUCUUUUUAUCUGGGUUCAUAAAAGGUUUGAUUUUUAGGUAUUAUUGGUUUUAGUUUGAGUUUUCUGUUGGAAAUGGAGGUCUCGGUAAUUAGGAGUUCUUCACAGGCAAAGAUCUCUAAAACAGAAUUAGGAUGCAGGGAUUUAAGGUUUUGUUUUGGGAAAAGUAAUGAUAAAAACAAAAUAUUUUCUCGGAAACCAAACAGUGUUUGCUUUGAUAGUCAAAUUUCGAGGUUUAGAAAAGCUGGGCUCAGAUUUACGUUGAAAGCUGUCCACUCUGAUCCCAUUCUUGAAUCCAAGUCUCCUGCAACUUCCAAAUCUCUUGAUAGGCUAAGAUUAUUUGUUGGUCUGCCUCUAGAUGCGGUUUCCGAUGGCAAUUCGGUAAACCAUGCCCGGGCAAUUGGGGCGGGACUGAAAGCUUUGAAACUUUUGGGUGUGGAAGGUGUUGAAUUGCCUGUCUGGUGGGGAGUGGUCGAAAAUGAGAUGGGGAAGUAUGACUGGUCAGGCUAUCUUGCUGUUGCUGAGAUGGUUCAGAAAGCAGGUCUGAAGCUUCACGUAUCGCUCUGCUUCCACGCUUCGAGUCAACCGAGAAUUCCGCUUCCCAAGUGGGUAACGAAGAUUGGCGAAUCCCAAUCAAGUAUCUUCUUUGCGGAUCGUUCAGGACAGCAUUAUCAGCAAUGUCUAUCACUAGCUGUUGAUGAUCUUGCUGUUCUUGAUGGAAAGACUCCGGUUCAAGUCUACCAGGGCUUUUGCGAGAGCUUUAAGUCCACAUUCUCACCUUUCAUUGGUUCUACCAUCACGGGCAUCUCAAUGGGUCUUGGACCAGAUGGUGAACUCCGGUAUCCCUCACACCACAAGCCUGCCAAGAGUGGCACGAUUACUGGAGUCGGGGAGUUCCAAUGUUAUGACACAAACAUGCUUAACCUUCUUAAGCAAUAUGCUGAAGCAAAUGGAAACCCAUUAUGGGGUCUAGGUGGUCCACAUGAUGCCCCUACUUAUGAUCAGGCACCGAACUUAAAUAGUUUCUUCAAGGAUCACGGUGGGUCGUGGGAAAGUCCUUAUGGUGACUUCUUCCUUUCCUGGUACUCAAGCGAGCUUGUAUCUCACGGCAAUCGUCUCCUCUCUCUUGCCUCGUCCAUUUUUGGUGAUACUGAAGUCAAUGUUUAUGGGAAAGUCCCAUUGAUGCACUCGUGGUACAAAACCCGGGCACACCCUUCUGAACUGACUGCCGGCUUCUAUAACACGGCCUCAAGAAAUGGCUAUGAAGCAGUUGCAGAGAUGUUUGCAAGGAAUUCAUGCAAAAUCAUCUUGCCUGGAAUGGACCUGUCAGAUGAGCACCAGCCACACGAUUCUCUCUCUAGCCCCGAAUCAUUACUUGCACAAAUCCGAACAACUUGCAACAAGCACCGGGUUGAGGUUGCCGGGCAGAACCUGGCCUCUGGAGCUCCUGGUGGUUUAGAGCAGAUUAAGAAAAAUAUGUUGGGUGAGAAUCCAAUAGACUUGUUCACUUAUCAGAGGAUGGGAGCUCAUUUCUUCUCGCCGGAGCAUUUUCCUUCAUUCACUGAGUUUGUCCGAAGCCUGAGUCAACCUGAAUUACAUCCAGACGAUUUACCCUCGGAUGAGGCAGAAGCUACUGAAUCUGUACAAACGAGUUCGGAUCCAAACAUCCACUUGCAGACAGCUUAGCAAGAGGUAAGAGAACAUAGUUACGUGUAUAUUGUAUUCUUGUAAGUACUAAAUUAUUGAAUGGGGAGAAGAUUGUACUAUUGGACUUUCUGUAUACAUCUAAGCAAAUAUUUCCUUUUUGCUAAAGGACCUUAGAAUAGUUUGGUGUUCAUGGGUUUUUGACCCCAAUAAUUAGGGGUCUCUUUCUAGGGAUUUGCUCAUGUUUUUCUGGGCCCUUUUCUCGCAUAUAUUGCCUGUAAGAGGUACUUAGAACUUGGAAGUUUUCCAGGAUUAAUACAAAUUAGUUAAAUAAA